AUGUUCAGCCGCAUCUUCGAGAAUCGCAAGGUGAAAACCGAUACUACCGUCACCGUCAGCAAGCUCAAUGAGAGCCUUCAACUUCUUGAGAAAAAGGAGAAGACUCUCCAGAAGAAGAUGGAUACUGAGCUUGUAAAGGCAAGAGAGUUUAUCAGAGCAAAAAAUAAAAGAGCUGCAAUGCACUGCUUGAAAAAAAAGAAGCUUUAUGAACAACAAAUUGAACUAGUUGGGAACUAUCAACUAAGAAUUCAUGAUCAGUUGAUUUUGAUAGAAAGUGCUAGUGUUACUACUCAGACAGUUGAUGCACUGAGAAAUGGAGCAGCAAAAUUGAAGGAGGUGCAGAAAAAAUCUGACAUUAAUUCUGUUGACAAGACAUUGGAUGAAAUCAAUGAGCAGACAGAGAACUUGAGACUGGUUCAGGAUGCAUUAUCUGCUCCCAUUGGAUCAUUAGCUGACUUUGAUGAAGAUGAAUUGGAAAUGGAACUCGAAGAGUUGGAUGCCCUUGGAUUAGAGGACGACAAAAUUCUUUCGCCUGUUACAACUGCACCUACUGCUCCAGUUUCAAGUGUUCCAGAAAAGAGUCAACCAAUUCAGCCAACUCCGCAAAAGGAUUCAACUGAAGUAGAUGAGCUUACUACAUUACAAGCACAAAUGGCUCUUUAAUAAGGUAUUAAUCAGGACUCUGGUUCACAAUGUGAUUAAACAUUUUCAAAGUUUUACAUAAUACGGCUGUACAG